AACCAGAAUCUACCAAGUCCAGAGUUUGAAAUCUGAGCGUCGACAUGUGGCGGCUGACGGACGCUUCCUGUUUCCUCACAGAGACGCCAACGAGCCGGAGAGACGUCUGAACGGACUGUCUGAGACCACACUGCCCAUGGAGAGGAAGGACUCCGUUUCCCAGAGUGCCCCGCGGCUCGGUGGUCCAGGGUGGACCUGUGUGAGGUGGGAGUGUUCAGUCAGUCAGCAUCCUGAUGGAGAGACCAGACCGGAACCCACCGGAGACCAGAUCCUCAUCAGCGGCGGAGCUGAGGUUCACGUAGCGGAGCGGUUUAAUCUGCGGGACCAGAACCAGGACCAGGACGUGUUAUCCCCCGGUGUUGUCUCUGUUGGCUGCUCGGUGUUUUCCUGUGGAGAUGGUGGACGCGCGGAGUGCGGGCUGUGCGGGGUGAAGGUGAUGUGUCGCUUCAGGCCGCUGAACGACGCCGAGCGGAGCCGCGGAGACCGGUUCAUCCCCAAGUUUAACGGAGAGGACACGGUGGUGGUGGCGGGGAAGCCGUAUGUGUUUGACAGAGUCCUCCCUCCUCACACUGAACAGGUUCAGGUUUACGACACCUGCGCCAAACAGAUCGUCAAAGAUGUGUUGGGAGGAUAUAAUGGGACGAUCUUUGCGUACGGUCAGACGUCGUCAGGAAAGACUCACACCAUGGAGGGGAACCUUCACGACCCAUGUCUGAUGGGGAUCAUUCCUCGUAUCGCCCGAGACAUCUUCGACCACAUCUACUCGAUGGACGAAAACCUGGAGUUUCACAUCAAGGUGUCUUAUUUUGAGAUCUAUCUGGAUAAAAUCAGAGACUUGCUCGAUGUGUCGAAGACGAACCUGGCUGUUCAUGAGGACAAGAACCGGGUUCCCUUUGUCAAGGGCUGUACAGAGCGUUUUGUUUCCAGUCCUGAUGAAGUGAUGGACGUCAUCGACGAGGGAAAAGCAAACAGACACGUCGCCGUUACCAACAUGAAUGAGCACAGCUCUCGCAGUCACAGUAUUUUUCUGAUCAACAUCAAGCAGGAGAAUGUGGAGACGGAGAUGAAACUGUCAGGGAAACUUUACCUGGUCGACCUGGCAGGCAGCGAGAAGGUAAGUAAAACAGGAGCAGAGGGCGCCGUGUUGGACGAAGCCAAGAACAUCAACAAGUCUCUGUCGGCUCUGGGGAACGUCAUCGCUGCUCUGAGCGAAGGGACGAAAACCCACGUCCCGUACAGAGACAGUAAGAUGACCCGGAUCCUUCAGGACUCUCUGGGAGGAAACUGUCGAACCACCAUCAUCAUCUGCUGCUCGCCGUCUGUUUACAACGAGGCCGAGACCAAGUCCACCCUCAUGUUUGGACAGAGAGCUAAAACCAUAAAGAACACGGUGUCAGUGAACCUCGAGCUGACGGCCGAGGAGUGGAAGAAGAAGUACGAGAAGGAGAAAGAGAAGAACAGGAGUCUGAACAUCGUGAUCCAGAAAUUGGAGAAUGAGCUGAAACGCUGGAGGAAAGGUGAGUCAGUACCUGUGGAGGAGCAGCUGAGCAGCAGAAACAAGAAGAGCAGCGGUGACACGACGGUAGUGAUGGACAGUUUGGCCCCGGUCCCCGUCCCCCUGGCUGAGGAGGAGAAGACGCAGUAUGAGACGCUCAUCACCGACCUGUACCAGCAGCUGGACGACAAGGACGAUGAGAUCAACCAUCACAGUCAGACGGCUGAGAAACUCAAACAGCAGCUGAUCGAUCAGGACGAGCUGUUGGUGUCGAGCCGUCAGGACUAUGAACGUCUGCAGGAGGAGCUGUCUCGGGUACAGAGGGACAACGACGCAGCCAAAGAGGAGGUGAAGGAGGUACUGCAGGCGCUGGAGGAGCUCGCCGUCAACUACGACCACAAGAGCCAGGAGGUGGAGGACAAGAACCGCUGCAACGAGCAGCUGAAUGAGGAGCUCGCACACAAAACUGUGAGUCUGGAGGUGGUUCAGAGGGAGUUCUCCACUCUGCAGGAUCUCAGCUCUCAUCAUAAGAAGAGAUCAGCAGAGAUCAUCAACCUGCUGCUCAGAGACCUCAGUGACAUCGGUAGCGUCCUCGGUACCACCGACCUCAAAGCUAUGACGGACACGAGUGGAGCGAUGGAGGAGGAGUUCACCACAGCUCGUCUCUACAUCAGUAAGAUGAAGUCUGAGGUCAAAUCUCUGGUGAACCGCAGCAAACAGCUGGAGGUCAGCCUGACGGAGAACACCUGCAGGAUGGAGGCCAGCGAGAAGGAGCUCAACGCCCUCCAGCUGCUCGUCUCACAGCUCCAGGCGAAGCUGGUGUCUCUGAUUGACGACCUGCAGAGGGUGGAGCAGAAGAAGAGGCAGCUGGAGGAGAGUCAGGACGCUCUGAUGGAGGAGGUCGCCAAACUCCAGGCUCAAGAUAAAAUGCACGAGGUGACGGUGAUGGACAAAGAGAAAGAACACAUGAGCAGACUGAAGGACGCUGUUGAGAUGAAGAGAACGCUAGAGGAACAGAUGGAGAACCACAGAGAGGUUCAUCAGAAACAGCUCAGUCGACUCCGAGACGAGAUCGAACAGAAACAGAGAGACGCUGACCAACUCAAAGAUUUGAAUCAGGCUCUGCAGCUGGAGAACAGGAAGCUUCAGUCUGACUUUGACAAACUCCGAGCUGAGGAUCAGAACAAGGACCAGAAACUUCAGAAACUGAUGUUCCUGAAUGAGAAGAGAGAACAGGCCAGAGAGGAUCUGAAGGGUCUGGAGGAGACAGUGGCCAAAGAGCUGCAGACGCUGAACAACCUUCGUAAACUCUUCAUCCAGGACAUCGGCACUCGAGUCAAGAACAGCUCAGAGAACGACAGUGACGAGGCCGGCGGCAGUCUGGCUCAGAGACAGAGGAUCGUCUUCUUAGAAAAUAACCUGGAGCAGCUCAGUAAGGUCCACAAACAGCUGGUUCGGGACAAUGCAGACCUUCGCUGUGAGCUGCCUAAGCUGGAGAAGCGUCUGCGGGCCACAGCAGAGCGGGUGAAAGCUCUGGAAGGCGCCCUGAGGGACGCCAAGGAGUCGGCCGUGAGAGACCGUAAACGAUACCAGCAGGAAGUGGACCGCAUCAAAGAAGCUGUUCGCUCCAAGAACGUGUCCAGGAGAGGACACUCUGCUCAGAUAGCCAAGCCAAUCAGACCCGGGCAUCAGCACCCAUCCUCUUCUCCAUCCAUCAGAUCGACCAUCAGAGGAGGGGGGGGCCGCAUCCAGUCCACGCCAUCACUCCCCCCGACUGCUGCCAUCUCAGCAACCACUGCAACAACCCCACCAGAGCCACAGCAAGUAGGCUUCAGGUAGCAGACAACUGCAUCAGUGUCCUUUUCUGUGGAUCUUUCGAUUUCUGAAUUCUUCUACUCUCACCACUCUGCCUUUACUGGAACCAGACUCCUCGUUUCCACAGCUUUCCACCUUAACAGCCAUUCCACCUUAACAGCCAACAAGUGCUUUCUUCUCUCUGUCUUUUCUUUUUCUGACAGAAAUCAGCUCUGGUGCUCUAACUCAGUGUGUUCAUUCAGAGAACAAGUCGAUCUCAUGAGUCCAGUGUCUGUGUGUCGUUAACUGGACCUGAAUGUAGAUUCAUGUUGGGUUUCAGAUGCUGAUCCUCAUGUUGGGAUCUGGGUCAUGAAAAACCAAAAUAUUCAAAAAUGAAUGAAAAGUUAGGAAUGAUAAAAAUAAAGUUUGUGCAGUGGUUUAUCAGGAUAAAAUAUAAACAGUAACAGUGUUUGAGCUGAGGAUUGUGUCUGCUGUCAGGAAAACAAAUCUAAGAUUUUCAGAGUAAAAUGUUAAGAAAGAAGUUCAGAGACUUACCUGUAACUAAUGCCAAUGUUGUCUGAGAGAUAUCAUCAAAAAUGAAGUUAUAAUUUUACAAGAAGGAAAUUCACUGAUAGACUCACAACUUCACAAGUAAAAUUACAGUUUUACAAGAAAACAUUAUUUGCAGCUUUACUCUUUAAUAUAUUCUCAACAUGUUGCAAACUUUGAUAUUAAAUAAUAUUGAUGUUAAACCCCUUUAAAAAAUACAACUUUACCUCAAGCUAUAAUUUUUCUUGUAAAAUUACAAAUGGAUUUGGUAAUAUACCGACUUUAUUUCUGAUAAUACUGUGACUCUGUCACAUCUGUUACAAGUCAAAUUCAUAUUUGAACUUAUUUAUAAUAAUGUCUUUAAAUGAUGUGAGAUUGAACAAAUACACUAAUAAAUAAACAGACAUAAUAAAGUAGUUAACAUUGGUAUUAUAUGAAAGCGAAUAAUUGUUAUGUUACACUAUGUUGUGAUUUUUAAGUAGUUUAAUGGUAUUAAUGAUUUUAUUAUUCCUAACGUUUCAUGAUUUUUAAAUCCUCCUGGAAUCAAAGUUUUACCACACUGAUAUUGAUGUUUUUUAAUGUAUAUAUUUAAUAUUUAUUUAAUAGGUUUUCUAAAUGUAAUUUAUGGAUCCUCUAUUUAUUUUAUUUUGUUGUGACAGUAUCAUCAGCUGCUUGCCGAGUGUUUCUACAUGUGUAAUAUGUGUAAAACAGUGUUGACCUGCUGCUGUGUCGUCGUCAUGAGAAGCACAAAGAGCAGCAGUUUGUGUCUGUCUGUUGACGUCAUGUGUUAUUAACCUGUGGUGCAGUUGUUGUGUCAUGUGUUGACUGGAUCCUAAAUGAUGGUUGUGGACAGUAACACAGUGACGAUCUGAGCCCGGCUCCCUUCACUUUAAACAAACCGAAUUUCCUUUUGUGCUAGAUCAUUGUAAAUGUAUCGUUAUUGUUACAUAACUUAAAUUUACAGUAUUAGUGAUGGCUGUGCGUCACUACACUGCUGUCUGCUGGGUGAAGCAGAAACAGGAAGUAAAUCAAUUUCCCCACUGGUUUGAUGCCGAUCAGCCAAUAUGCAGUGUUGAUGGUCACUUUACUUUAACCCCUGUAUUUGUGACAUUAACAUACUGGCAUUUAUAAAGUUUACUUGACCUACUGACUUGUGCAAACAACUUUACCUGCUAUAUACCCGAACAAGUCCCACAGUGCAUUACCAAACAUUUAUCAACAGAGUUUCAAGGCACAUUGCAAACAUAGAUAUGAAACUGGGGUUAAAAUAAAGUGUUAGCAUUGCCAAACAACAACUUUCUAUGUGACUGGUAUUGAUACUGAUGUGUUUCUUAAUGAACAAUCUCAAUAAAGAGUAGAGUUUUACUUGCCGCUACAGACAUACAGAGCACUCAGAAAGUAUUCAGACCCCUUUGACUUUUUCACAUUUUGUUUUGUUGCAGACUUUUUAAAAAUAAUUUUAGUAUAAAUUAUUUUUUAAAAGUCUUUUUAAAAAAUUGUAUAAAACUGUAACAUCAGACAAAAAUAUGAAAAGGGGUGAAGGGGUCUGAAUAUUUUCUGAAUGCACUGCAAGUCACUAUUCAAAGUGACAAAGUUUGAACCCAGCACAAGUGAGGAUCAGUCAGGGAUUUUUUGGUGUAUGUUCAUGAAGAUGAUAUAUUCGUGAAGAAAGGCAGAAGAAGAAAAUAAGUGAAGGGCAGGUGGUGAUCUGUCAUUCUGUAAUAAAAAUAUUUGUUAAAUCUU